UCAUGAUACCUGAUAUUGAUGUUAUUAUUUCAAGGAUGCAACAGAUAGAUAACGAUAAGACCAACAUCUUUUACUCCACUACAUACUCCCUUAAGCUAGUGCUACUAAAUAAACACCACCGAAUAUCGCUUGUCGGUUUAAUUCCAAUACUACAAAUAUUCAAAUCAUCGUCACCCAUCGUUCCUCAUGUAUUUUGGGUUUCGAGGCCCGAUCCCCGACUUCCGAGAGCCGUAAAUACAAUGGUAUGGCCUUUUACUUCUGCAUCUGGGAAAGAUGACUCCUCGAAGCGGUCCGUUUCAUGGUCUGACAGUCUGAAUGGAACCGAUUGGCAGCACUAUAAAGACCCAAGAAACUGGGUUCCGACUCUGCUUGUCACGACAACUAUCCUAGUUUCAGUCCAGAUCUACCGAUCGUACCUACGCCGUAUCCCAGGAGUUGUCUACAUCCAGCCAAGUUUCUUUAGAAAGAGGAGCGUUUUCGGCAAAGUGACGAGUGUCGGAGAUGGAGAUAAUUUCCAUCUAUAUCACACCCCUGGUGGCCGAAUGGCUGGAUGGGGUUGGCUACGAAGUAUUCCGGUCAAGAGAGCUGACUUGAAGAACAAGACCAUUCCUAUCCGCAUUGCUGGUAUCGAUGCGCCGGAAGGCGCUCACUUCGGGCGACCCGCUCAACCAUAUUCGAUGGACGCAUUAUUAUGGUUAUCGAAUUACAUACUUGGACGAAGGGUACGAGCCAAAAUUUACAGACGUGAUCAAUACGAGCGUGUUGUCGCCACCGUAUUUGUAAGACGGUUUUUGUUCCGCCGGGAUGUUGGUUUAGAGAUGAUUAAGAGCGGGUUGGCCACAACCUACGAGGCAAAGACGGGCGCGGAGUUUGGUGGCCUCGAGGAGAAGUAUAAGGCCGCGGAGAGUGAAGCGAAAGCUAAGAAACGAGGGAUGUGGGGUGGUAAACCGCAGUUCUUUGAGAGCCCUCGCGAUUAUAAAACGCGCAUGACUUUGGCAGAGUCACAAAAUAACAAAACGAAAUCAUGAUCACUUCUUACUUUGCUUUCGAGUGCUUAGUAAUUAUGUGACAGGUUGGCUAUUAGGUAUGGUAGGAAGGUAGGAAGGUAGGGAAAUUGGGUUAUUCUGAGUGGUCGUGAAAUUGCCGGGAGUUGUACUAAGGAGCAAAUUGACGAAUGGAAUGAAUAUCUCAGCCUACAUAUAUUGGUUGCUUGGUAGGUAGAAACCUGCCUACGUAGUAGGUAUACAUGCAUAUUAGGUAUUGCACCUACCCUAGGGAAGGGAAUAUAUAAACAUUAUCGGGUGUCCAGCUUUUCAACAUGAUAAUGGCUACCUGUAUAUUAGUCCAAGACUCUAAGUCCCCAAACCUUUGGAUCGAUCGUAGAUCAUUUGAAUUUCGUCAAAGUCCUUGUACUGAUCACUUGGGACUUUUUAGAUCGGGCUAUACCUAGAUGUUUUACUUGAACAUGGGUGGCAUUUUGGCGAAACGUGAAAUAUAAG